AUGGCCCACGCGCCCGAGCCCGUCCGGCCGCUUGCGGUCGCGCUCGUGCUCUGCGUCUUGCUCUCGGACAUCCUCUUUGCCGGCCUCAUCUUUGGCUGGGCGCCGCUGCUGCUUCUGUUGCAAGAGGAGGACCAGUAUGGCGAAGUGUGCACGGCGCGCGACGUCAACGGCCGGUGCGCCGACCAGGACGCGCGCCUCAACAUGAUGUACGCGAUCGCGACCUUUGCGGUCAAUGUCAUCUCGCUGCCCGUCGGCACGAUGCUCGACUUUGUCGGCCCGAAGCGCGCCAUCAUGGUCGCCGCGUGCCUCGAGAUCCCGGGCCUCGUGCUCCUCGGCCUUGCCGACUCCAAGUCGUUUGACGUGUUUGUGCCUGCGUACUUGCUGCUCGCGAUGGGCGGCUGCAUUACGAUGAUGGCAUCGUACCCCGCGAGCUUUCUCAUUUUAUCGCACCAAACGACGAUCCUCGCGAGCAUUAGCUGCCUCUUUGACAGCUCCAGCGCGAUUUUCCUCGUGCUCUAUUCGAUCCACGAGACGAUCGGCUGGUCGCGCGACAGCCUCUUCAUUGGCUACGGUGUGCUCAGCGUGCUUGUGUACGUGGCGCUCAUUGCUCUCUGGCACGUCAACGAAGCGUACCUCCCGACGAGCGAGCCGGUGUUGGAAGAGAUCGCGGCCGAGCGCUCGACGGUCGCCUCGCCGCUGCUGGAAAACGCUGGCCACGCGUACGGCAGUGUCGCCGAGACCAAGGAGCUCUUGCCGCGCAUCGACGUGCCUGCGUUCGAGCACGAAGCGCUCUGCGACUACCCGCUUUCCAAGCAAGUCCGGACGUUCGAGUUUGCCUUUAUCUUGGUCUUUACGAGCCUCCACAUUCUGCGCGCCAACUUUUACAUUGGCACGACCAACAACUUGCUCGAAAACUACGGCGACGCGGCCCACGGCUACCUCUACACCAAGAUUUUCGGCUUCGUCCUCCCGAUGGGCUUCCUCUUCGUGCCCGGCAUCGACUACUUUGUCGAGAAGAAGGGCCUCCCGAUCUCGCUCCAUUUCACGACGUGCUUGGGGCUCGCGGCGAACCUCCUCGCCCUCGCCCCGGUCUUGCCGCUGCAGUCGGUCGUCUUCUUCAUCUUUACGGGCUUUCGCGCCUUCUUGUAUGCGGUCAUUGCGGCGUUUGCGGCCAAGAUCUUUGGCCUUGCCAACCUCGGCACGAUCGUCGGCCUCAUCUUCACGUCCGGCUCGCUCGUCGGGCUGCUGCAAAUCCCCGCGGUCGCCUACUCGCUCGACAUCAACGACUUGGGUCCGAUGUACAUGGCGUCUGCAGCGCUCGCGCUUGUUCUGGUGCCGCUCACCGAAGUGUACCGCCGCCGCGCCGCCGAUCGGGCCCGCCGCCACCUCGUCGCGUCCGAGUCGCCAUUCAUGGACAUGAAGGGCAUGCAGUACCGCCGGUCGCCGUGCUUGCCGUCGCCGGCCGCGCGCAGUGGCCGCCGCCAGUCGCAUCGCGAUGCCGACGUGUAAUAGAUCCUAGACGCCUCCCUUCUA